AUGCCGACAGCUUCCCAAGUAGCAGCAAUUGUCGUUGGCGGUGAUGACAUUUCCAACUUGAAAGAUAGGGAUAUCAUGAUAGAGUCAGUAACUGGGCAACUGAGUUAUAUCAAAGACACUGCCGGUUAUUAUGACCCACUGCAGUAUCCUCUACUUUUUCCUUAUGGUUCUUACGGCUGGGAUUUAAACAGUCGAAGUUCCACUGAAAAUGUUGGACGACGGACCAUACUACCAUCUUCAUUCGUAGGAAGUCCAAGAGAUAUGCACCAGAGGUAUCAAGAUGCCAUGGCAUUGGUUCAUAAGUUCGGCAAGCCCGAUAUAUUUCUUACAAUGACAUGCAACCCGUCUUGGCCAGAGAUACAAUCAGAAUUGUUGGCCGGACAAGUACCAAACGAUCGUCCAGACCUGUUGACACGGGUUUUUCAUGCUAAACUUGAAGAGUUGGAAAAGGAUGUUUUAGAAAGGGGCAUCCUCGGAACGGUUGUUGCUUAUGUAUAUGUGAUUGAAUUCCAAAAGAGGGGUCUUCCACAAGUUCAUAUGUUAUUGAUUCUUGAUCAGAAUGACAAGCUAACCACUCCGGAUGACUUUGACAAGAUUGUGAGAGCAGUAAUUCCCGAUGAACAAGUGGAACCAAAAUUGUAUAAGGCAGUUCUUAAACAUAUGAUUCAUGGCCCAUGUGGUGUUCUCAACCACAAAUCCCCAUGUAUGAAACAAGGAAGUUGUAAGAAAGGAUUCCCCAAGGAAUUCUCCAAUGAUACAAAGCAAGGCAAUGACUCAUAUCCUCUUUAUCGCCGUCCACAAGAUCGUCCAGCAGUACCAUUGCGUGAAAAUUCACGAGUUCGUGUAGAUAAUCGGUGGGUAGUCCCAUAUAAUCCAUUUUUGCUCCUAAAAUAUGAUUGCCACGUCAAUAUUGAGAUAUGCAGCAGCAUCAAGUGUGUGAAAUAUCUGUAUAAGUACAUCCAUAAGGGUUCAGAUAUAGUCACUAUGGAAGUUCAUACUGGAGAUGAGAUUGCAUAA